CUCUCUUCCAUUCCAUUACUUGGCACAUUCUUCUGGAGAUGUCACCUAGAAAACAGAUGUUUUUGCAACACUGGAAGAGUAGAUCAAUAAUAAAAGAAUGGAUAUACAGAUGUUCACCACGCUCAACUCUACUGUUCCAACGGAACCCGUGGUGGGACCUGUGGAACCUACAGUACCUACAGUACCCGCCACAAAAGAGACUGGCCCUUCAAGCUCUGCAGAGUGCUCUACCCAACCCGCCGUUGCCGAGCAAGAAGACAACUCCCUUUUGGCACAACUUUUAAAAGGAAAAAUCACGUCUGAUGAUGCAAAGUUGCAACCACCACGUGGACCUUUCGAAUACGCACCGAUGCUCUCCGAGGAGGCACAAUUUGCGAUUAAGCUGGCGGGUCUUCUCAACCCGAAUCCGGUCACUGAACAGGACCCGAGCACUUUCAAGCCGCCUCCGAAAAUGAGCAAUAAUGUUCGAAAAAACAUUAAUUUGACUCCGGUUAUUGAGAAUGCAGUUCCGAGUGGAUUUGAACUGGAAAGUCCGAAAGAUCAGGCAUUUGAUGUGGUUCAUGGAAGACUAUCUAUGGGACAGAAUCAGACAUGUUAUUUUGUCACAGUCGAGGAAAUGAGACGAAGAUUGCAAAGUCCGGAGAAGCUCAAUAGUUCGAGUAUCGCAUGCAAUCUUAAAAGGCCAAAACUGAAGAAUGGAGGUGAACUGAUGCGCGCUCAACUGAGAGAUCAUGGAAUCAAGGUUCAACUGAAUGCGAAACAGAAGGCUUUUCCCAACAAAGUGAUCGCUUUGGUCGAAGCGGAAGCUGUUCAUUUGGGACUUGAUCUUGGAACAGCUGUACGAGAUGAUUAUCCAGUUCAAGAUAUAAUUCAAGAAGUUGCUCAUGAAGCAUUGGCUGACGAGGAUGCAGAUCUGGAUGCGUUGAUGAAUGAUAAGGAUUUCACAGAAUGUAUGUCAGCACUUGAAUCAGUUUUCACAUCAGUCGUCCCUCCGAUCACUGGAAUCGAGCCAAAACCGUCGAACAACAUGCGACUGAACAAUGGAAUGGAGACCUUUUCAUCAGCUUCACAUGGACUUGGAAUCGUGUCUCAACGGGUUUGGCUCCCCCAAUUGACUGCAAUCGGAAAUGGAGUCGCAUCUGAACUUCGACGCUUGACAGAGACGCCAACUGAAUCAAAGCCAGAGGAAUUGAAAGCAUAAAUUCAUAUUUUCAUAUUCUGAUAUUUAAAACAAUCUGAUUACCAAGGUCUCACUUAUUUUCCAUGAUCUCUAUGAUGUUUUCACUUAAUUUCAAUGAAACUUUUUAUUUAUUUAAA